ACCUGCGCUUGAUCACUUCGCGUAGACAGUAAGCCUUCGACGGCCGUCACGAGCGGACGUCUUGCAACAAAUUUAAUUUUUAAAAUAAAUAUACGUAAAUAAAUAAAAUACACGAUCGUGAUUUUUUUAAAGGUUAAAAUAAAAGUGUUGUGUUAGUGAAUGUUUUUAGAAAUUUAGUGAAUAAACAGUGGUUUUUUGUGUAGUGUAUUAAUAGAAGUUUGUAAAACUUCGAGUACUUAAGCUUUUCACACCCUCCACCAAAGAAUGCCAUAAAAACCAAAGAUGGCGCCGAAAACGCUUAUCCUACUCAUACUAACAAACAUCAUAAUCGCACAAACUCAAGACAUAACAUCAGACGAAAUAAAACCAGUCAACAAGGACAGCGAAGAAAUACAAGAAGACACCACAGUACCAGUAGACGAAGAAGAAUAUAAAACUACUACAGAAUUCAUCGUCACUGAUGAAGAUGGAGAUGGGGACACGAAGAACGCAGACCCUGAAAGUAUAGAAACCGCUACAGAAGAAUCGAAUGUUGAUGUUACAGCUAGUAGUUUAAACAAUGUCUUGGACGAUUCAGAGAGGAACCUCCAUUCUAAUUUGAGUAAUAAUAUUGAUACGUCUACCAAGACUGAAACCAUGCCAAUGCAAGCUACCACCAGAUCUAUGGAGGAAGAAGGUCCACCAAAGACCCAGGAAUCGGAGGAAGAAGUGGAGACACCUGGACAAAGGAAUCCUAAGGCUGAUACUGAUUCAAAACCGCCUCUAGACAAACGAAACUUCGACUCCCAUCCAGCAGAGUCCCCACCACAAACCACCCGCUCAGUAGUCCGAGGCUGGCUUCAAGAUUGCUGGAUACGACCACCAGCCGGCAUCAUGGUGCCUUUGAGAGCUACUGCCCUGGCGAGGGCUUUAGCUGUCUGGGGAGACCUGAAUGUGCCAGCGUUGAAUCUGACUCAUGUGUUGGUCAUGGGAUAUGAUUCUAAUGGUGUAAACUGGAGGUCCAGACAUAACCUUCAACCAGCCAGCAAUAGCCACGAGAAAACGGUUGCAGAGGCAUUAUCUAAGCUGUUGCUCAAAUAUCAGGGAGUGAACACAGACGCAACUAACGACGGCACGAUGAGGGCGUUAGCCACAGCUGCGAAGUUGGUGCCGUACGACAGUGCUCUGUUUGUGGUGACCGAUAAAGGACCCGGUGAUCCUCAGAGGUUGCCACUGGCUUUGAGAGCGCUGGUGGAGAAACGGUUGAAGGUGUACACAAUCUGGACAGACCCGAGCCAUCCGUCAACGGAAUCUGAGGAAGCUCUCCAGGAGUUGAGGAACAUCUCCAAACACACAGAGGGGGAAGUCAUAGCUUAUCCCUUGCAAGUCAUGGAUAUGGACGGAGCCAGUAAUUUAGCAGCAGAAACAGAAUUGGAGCAAUGGAAUCCUUUAGACAUUAAGCAAGGCAGAAGGGGCAGACUCAACAGUAACCUGGAGAUGGAGAAAUUUGAUUUGCUGCUGGUCCGUCGAGGAGGUGGUCAGGCUAUAUCCCUGGGUUUCCCAGUCGAGAACGGAGUGACAGCUUUGAGGAUAUUCAUCGAGGGAGCAGUAGAACACGCUGUCUUGUACCCACCGAACGACGGUCCUCAAAUCGACCUCUACAAUAUAACAUCAGUGGCUACCUUCUCUCCUCAUUCAAGAACCGAGGGCCUGUCUCCGAGGGACGUGUAUCUCAUAUUCGAUGGCGCACAGUACGAUCCUGACGCAUUAUCAGUCCUACCAGCCAGAACAGCCGCCGAAAUCGAAGCAGCCUUCGUGGGCAUGUGGCACUUAAGCGUGCGAUGCGACACAUGCGACUACCGGCUCUGUGUGUCUGCCAGAGCCUCUAUACACUUCGAUGUGGAAACUAACACUCCUGAUACGCUGAAAUUCCGCAUAACGGGUCCAGUAGCCAGUGUGAGGGAAUCACAGCUCGUUGAUGAAUAUACUACGGAGUUAGCGAAGUUGCCAUUCAGCUACCAACCCCUGGCAGGAGACGGGAAGAAUGAAGAAAAGGAUCCUACAGUCAAACUGGAACCUGAAGUGCCGUUACCAACAUUGAAGACUAACAAAGUCUACGCCAAAAUAGUUGGAAGGGAUUUGAAAGGGGAGCCCUUCAUCCGUCUAUCAGGACCAAUAAACCAGCCUGAGAUCCGCAUGGGGCGUUCAGCGUCCAUCCUGACAGACUACUCCAAUGAUAUGGAUAGAUUGGAGGAGGUAGACCCGAGGGCGUAUAGCGCUCAGUUAGUGUACAAUGACAGUGCACAGCCUUAUAAUAGGGCUGUUUCGCAGAUCGUAAGCCAGCAAGGAACAUUGCUGACCAGUAUACAAAUUGGUCUAUCUAGCAGAUUAUAUGGCGCACCAGGAGAAAACUUACAGCUACACUUCGAGGUAACGAACUACAGGGAACAAACUGUGAGGUUCAACUUCGGAGCUUCAGGUGAACUCAAGUUCCUGACCGGCAUCAACCCUACAGCACAAAACGUGGGAUCAGGACAGACAGUCAACGUGAUAGUCAGUUUGACCAUUCCAUCGAAUGCGCAGCCAGGGUUGCGGGACACCAUCACAUUCACUGCCUAUGGUAAUGGCAACGAACAAGUCUCUCUAUCAGCCUAUGUCUACGUGGCGAACUCAGCAGCGCCCACAGACACGUGGCCACCAGAGCUGCGUCACACCUUCCAGGGCACAUGCUUGGGAAGAACUGGUGAUGACUGCGCACAGCAUACUUGGGCUACUACUGUUGUGGCGAGAGAUGCUCUUUCUGGUCUACUACGCAUCUCCUCCUCCCCAAUAGGAGUGAUGUACAGCAAUGACUUCGUGUCCGGCACUCGUCAGGAAGUGAUGGCAAUCUACCGAGCCACCUGUUGCGCUCCAAGAGUCGUCAUCAACGCAGUAGACGCUUAUGGCAACACUAAUAGUUAUACUAUUGAUAUUUCUGGUUACCUAACAGACGCAGCAAUAGCAGCGAUUGUCCUAGGAGUUCUACUAGGCAUAGCUUUAAUAAUACUGCUCAUAGCUUCCAUAGUAUGGUGCGUGCGCAAGAGGAAGGAAUCUAGAGAGCUGCCUUCCUAUAACACUUCUAGGAAUUAAGAAGAAUUAUAAUGUUAAAGUUAUUGCAGAAGAAUAUUGAAGACGCAAUCACAUUCCGAAAAUUUCACACUAGAGGAUUUUGCGCUCGGUUUUUACGUGUUACCGCGCGAAUUGAAACAGCGUUUUCAUACUGGCAGAUUUUUGUCGCGUGCAGUAAAACUGAGCAUAUACAAAGGAUAUUAUUCUCUGUCGCUGGGCUUUAAACGUUAUUUUUCUUCCAGUAGUGGUCAAUUGUUAUAUGCACGACAGCGAACAUACGAACCGAGUGGUGUCAUACGUAAAAACCGACCGGAAAAUCCGCUAGUAUGAAAACACUGAAAGGGUGAUAUCGCGAGUAUAACCACCAGUUGAAACGAUAACUCGCAUUUGGAACCACGCGACAGGGUUUUUAUCCGACCAAAAUAUGUCGCGCGUAAAAAAUCCGAGCGCCAAUAUUCUAUGCCAAUUUUUAGAAAAAACGACGUAUUCAAUUUAAAAAUUAUUAAGUAACUAUAUGUGAUUAAGUCGAAGUGAUUAUGUUAAUUUAAGUUACCUUUAAACUAAGUAAGGUAAGUUAUAGUUAAAAUAUAUUUAAAAAGUUAACUGCAUCUAUAAAUGCUAUCAGGACAUAUUAUGAAGAUGGAAUACGACCCUCGUUGACCAAAAAGCUUCUUAUACAGGUAAGAUUCUUUCAAGGGAAAAGUUCAGAAUUUGAACAGCCUUACUACAAAAAGUAAACACCCGUUGAACACUUGUCUAAAAAAGGACCUUAUUACAACGUCAUAAUCUGAUUUUUUUAGACAAGUUUUAAACAAACGUUUAAAAGUUUUGUCUUACUGAAAAACGCACAGACGGACAGACACAGAGAAAAUUAUAUAUUUUUUUCGUUGGAAAGCUGGCUUAAAUUUAUUAUUCCACUAGAUGUUUUAUAGUUAUUUUCGUCCGAAGUCUAGAAAGACCGAAAAACAUAACGCUUUUUGGGAUUCAAACUGACGUGUCCAAAUGAUAAGAAACUUUUCAAAUAUUGAUCGAAUGUAUGCUUUCAUUGACUCAGAUCAGAUCCCCAGAACGAUUCAUCUAUUGGAUGCGGGUCACUAAAUUAACUAGCGGAUUUCCGUCCUUAGUAAGUCCCUUCUUCAUAUAAUCCGUGAAUGGGGACCACAAAGAAUCACUAUAUGUUACUGCUCUUUCACACUAGCGGAUUGUACGAGCGUUACUGCGGUACAAGCGAUCACACCCGCAACUGUGUGAAUGUUUAUUGAUAAUUAAGUGAUGAUGUCCUCCUAGCCGAUUAUCGGCUACGGCAGCUGUUCUCAUGUAAGGAGAUUAGCCAACUGCGCAGGACAUAUUAUAGUGCACAAGCAUUUGCGCAGACACAGGUGCACUCUCUAUUCAUUCACUCUCAUAGCGCGAUGGGACGACAAUCUGACACGAUCGGGGAGAGAUCAGGCGCAGGACCGACAUUUACGUGCUCUCCGAUGCACGGGUGUAUCAAUCACUAACUUCCAGGCUGCUUUACGAAAAGUAUCGCGCAUAGAAAAACGCGCGACAAAAUCUGCUAGUGUGAAAGAACUAUAACAUGUAGUAGGUACUAUAUAAUAAUUUCAUUUAUUAUUUCGCUUAAUCGGAAUUUUUGAAAAAUCGGUUAGCUCAAAAAUACGAAUUUACGAUAAUCAGUUAAGAGGCGACGUACUUAAAAACAUUACCCUUCUCUUCGCAGUCGGGUAAUAAAUAUUACUAGAUUAAAUAUUUUAGAUACAGUUUAUAAUUAGUUUUUAGUCGUUUCCGCCAUGUUUGUUUUAUUAUUUAAGUAAUUUAAAUUUUUGACAAAUAUCGUGUUUUUAUUUAAUAGAUUUAUAUUUUUAAGAAUAACAGUAGGGUGAAGGAUUUAAAAACUUUUUAUAAAUUUUUAAAAUAUACAGAAAUCUUUUUUACAGCUAAUAUAGAAAAUCAAAGAAUAAUUUUAAAUCUACAUCUAAGCUGCUAAAACAAAAAAUACAAACACCCAAAUUAAUUACCACUUUUUUGGGAAGUAGGUUAAAAAUUAAAUAAACACGGAUAACAACCUUCACCCUACAAUUUUAUAAGUUUUAGUAUUUUCUACUAAUACGGGUAGUACAAUAAAAAUAUUAUUAUUUUAAUAUUAACAAAAGAUAAAAAGCCAUAUUUUGUAAAAAAGGAAAAUCAAUUUUAUGAAAUAAACUUUAAAUGGAAAUUUUA